CUGUAGCAAGGAAGCUGCAACAGCAAGUGGCCGCGCCACCCCCGCGCUGGGCGCGCCCCACACACUUAUCCUGCCCCGGAGCAGCGCGGGCACCCAGCCCUCUGUCCACAGCCGCUGCGGGAUGCUGCGUUCCACGUCCACGGUCACCCUGCUCUCGGGUGGCAGCUCCAGGCCGCCCGGGACGCCCAGUAGGAGGGCAAAUGUCUGCAGACUACGGCUGACCGUGCCUCCCGAGAGUCCAGUGCCCCAGCAAACCGAAAAGAAGAUUGAGAGGAAGGACCAGCCUCCUGAACCAAGCAAUGGAGAACCUACCAGGAAACUUCCUCAGGGUGUUGUUUAUGGUGUCGUGCGAAGAUCAGAUCCCAAUCAGCAGAAGGAAAUGGUGGUAUAUGGCUGGUCCACAAAUCAGCUGAAAGAAGAAAUGAACUACAUCAAAGAUGUGAGAGCCACUUUGGAGAAAGUGAGGAAGAGGAUGUACGGUGACUACGACGAGAUGAGACAGAAGAUCCGGCAGCUCACCCAGGACCUGUCGGUUUCUCAUGCUCAACAGAACUACCUAGAGAGUCACAUCCAAACCCAGUCGUCAGCUCUGGACAGCUUCAAUGCCAUGAACUCAGCCUUAGCAUCAGACUCCAUUGGCCUGCAGAAAACCCUUGUGGAUGUGACCUUGGAAAAUAGCAACAUCAAGGAUCAAAUCCGAAAUCUGCAGCAGACUUAUGAAGCAUCCAUGGACAAGCUACGGGAGAAGCAGAGGCAGUUAGAGGCGGCUCAGGUUGAAAACCAGUUACUGAAGAUGAAGGUGGAGUCAUCCCAAGAAGCUAACGCUGAGGUGAUGCGGGAGAUGACUAGGAAGCUGUACAGCCAGUAUGAGGAGAAGCUGCAGGAGGAGCAGAGGAAACACAAUGCCGAGAAGGAGGCACUCCUGGAAGAAACCAAUAGUUUUCUGAAAGCAAUCGAAGAGGCCAAUAAAAAGAUGGAAGCAGCCGAGAUCAGCCUGGAGGAGAGGGACCAAAAGAUCGGGGAGCUGGACAGGCUUAUUGAACGCAUGGAAAAGGAACGGCAUCAACUCCAACUCCAGCUCCUGGAGCACGAAACAGAAAUGUCGGGAGAGAUUGCUGAUUCUGACAAGGAAAGGUAUCAGCAGCUGGAGGAGGCAUCAGCCAGCCUCCGAGAGCGAAUUAGACACCUGGACGACAUGGUGCAUUGCCAGCAGAAGAAAGUCAAGCAGAUGGUUGAGGAGAUUGAAUCAUUAAAGAAGAAGGUGCAACAGAAACAGCUCCUCAUAUUACAGCUUUUAGAGAAGAUAUCUUUCCUGGAAGGAGAGAAUAAUGAACUACAGAGUAGGUUGGACUAUUUGACAGAAACCCAAUCCAAGACUGAAGUGGAAACCAGAGAAAUCGGAGUAGGUUGUGAUCUUCUACCCAGUCCAACAGGCAGGACUCGGGAAAUCGUGCUGCCUUCUAGGAGCUACGCCCCAUACACACGAGUCCUGGAGUUAACCUCCAAGAAAACGCUGACUUAGGCACUCCGACCUGCGCUUCUUGCAAACACUAAAAGGCCCUGAAACCCUGCAACUUAAAGUCAGGGGAGAGUGAUUGCUGCUUCCUCAUAGAUGCGGUGUAAGCCAGAAUGGGAAUCACUGAGGCUUUGAUAUGCUUCUAAAAGGGGAAGGAAAAUGGAGGCAGAGGGGACAGGAAGGGCGAGGUACAUGAGGUCUUAUUUCAGGCACCCAACCAACCUACCCUGCUAUGCGGAAUCAUCACUUUCCGUGUGGAUGCUGACAUCCUAAAAGGAUUUCACAGUCCAUUUUCUGUUCUACUGGAUUUUGGUUGGACGAGAAAGGGGCAUUAAUUAGAAUUUCAUGUUAUUCACAGCAGGAUGUUUUGUUACAGUGUAAAGGUUCUGUUUACCCAUAAAAGUAUUAGCAGCAGUGUUUCUCCUGCACAGAGAAGCCUGUUUACAAGUAACAUGGGCACCUGGAAAAACUUGAACCUGGAGAGGAUUCCCAGCACGCAGCACUCUCCCCUCUGGUCAGAAGGCUCUGUGCAGGCUUGUGGGAGCCAUGGUUAGAGAUUUGUGCGGGCCAGACAAGCUUCAUUCUGAUUGGCUAAUCCUUUGUUUUAAUUUGUGCCUUAUGCCUUGAUUGGACCAGCUGAAAUAGCUGUAUUUGUUCAAGCUGUGAGUUUUAUUUUUCUUUUUCACUUUAACUUAAAAGAGAAUUUUGUAUGCUGUGGAAGAUUAAUCAUUUAAUGUUUUCAGUUAUCAAUCGAUAUUUUUGUCAAAUGGAUGAGGAAUCUGUUUAUGCACGGUCAACUUUGAUAUUACAACCCACAUCAAGUAUGUUUAAUAAAUGCCAUAUAUUUUGUUCUA